GGGAAAUGGCGUCCCGGGAGGAGUAUGAUCUUCCGUGGGUGGAGAAGUAUCGGCCGCAGAAGCUCGCGGAUGUGGUUGGGAACCAGGAUGCGAUCGGGAGGCUCCAGGUGAUUGCUCGCGAUGGCAACAUGCCCAAUCUCAUCUUCUCGGGUCCUCCCGGGAUUGGGAAGACGACGUGCAUUAUGGCGAUGGCUCACGAGAUGCUGGGCGCUUUAGCCAAAGAAGCGGUGCUUGAGCUCAAUGCCUCGGACGACAGAGGCAUCGACGUUGUGCGAAACAAGAUCAAAAUGUUCGCUCAGAAGAAACUCACGCUUCCGCGUGGUCGUCACAAGGUUGUCAUCCUGGACGAAGCCGACAGUAUGACUUCUGGUGCUCAACAAGCUCUCCGACGAACCAUGGAGAUUUAUUCCUCCAGCACCCGCUUUGGCCUGGCGUGUAACCUGUCGUCCCAGAUCAUCGAGCCCAUCCAGAGCCGCUGCGCUAUCGUGAGAUUCACGAGGCUCUCUGAGCAGGACAUUCUCGCGCGGCUUCUCAAGGUCGCUGCCGCCGAGAAGGUCCCCUAUGUUCCGGAAGGCCUGGAAGCGGUGGUUUUCACCGCCGACGGUGACAUGCGCCAAGCUCUCAACAAUCUGCAAGCUACGUAUAGCGGUUUCCAGUUUGUUAAUCGAGAGAAUGUGUUCAAGGUCUGUGAUCAACCUCAUCCCUUGCUUGUGUCGACUAUGAUCCAGAAUACACUGGCUGGAAAGAUCGAUGAAGCGUACCUGGGGAUGAAGCAGCUGUAUGAUCUUGGUUACUCGGCCUCGGACAUCAUCACAACGCUGUUUAGAGUCGUAAAGAACUUUGACAUGCCGGAGUUCCUCAAGCUGGAAUAUAUCAAGGAAGUAGGCUUUGCGCAUAUGAGGAUCGCAGAGGGUGUAGGCUCGCUGCUGCAGCUAACUGGGCUCUUAGCGAAGCUUUGCUUGCUCAGGGAGAAAGCGAAAGCGUGAAAGCGUCGAGUCGUCGAACACGAAAAUUUGUUACCUCCUUACAUCUUCGCUGCGCCUGCUUCCUUGAGAGCUUUGGCGUGCUUCAGUAUGGCCGAGGCCGCAGUUUCGUUUCCCGCGGAAGACAAAGCUCCUCCGGGAGGAGUAUCCACCAGCCUCUCCAAUGCCUCGAGUUGAUCGUAUGGUGCAACCUGCGUGACAAUGUUUAACACUUGUGCUAACUUC